AUGAUGAGCCCUGUUAUGAGUAUAAUGCAGACCAUGUACUGUGCACGGCUCGGCCAUAUGUACGUUGUCAACAUGCCACGAAUGAUGUACGCUUUCGCUAAGCUGGUUAUGCGCCUCUUGGACCCUAGCACCACUAAGAAAAUAGAUAUCUUUCAUGGUGGUUUCGAAGAAGCCCUUUUGGAGACUAUCAGUUCGGAUGUCCUCGAGGCCCGUUACGGUGGUGACUGUGAAGACCAGGUUUCAGAUUUCUGUGUUCCUCAGUUCAUGACGUAA